AUGGAAGAUUCGAGAUUGCUUAUCACUUUGGUUCUUGUGUUUGGAGUUAUAUUUCUGAGAAAAUUCUUCCAAAGUAAUCAGCAUCCCUCAGCACAACGCUUAUCCGCUACGGGAGUGAACGCACAUGGACGCCCUCACGCACCUACGCAAAGUAGCUUGAGAAGGACUGGUAGGGCUAAUGGAGGUCAUCCCGUGACGGUUCAGAUGGUAGAAACAGUGCAAAAUCUGGCACCGAACUUACAUCCUGAGCAAAUUAGAUAUAGUUUGGAAAACACAGGCACAGUGGAGGAAACAGUAGAAAGAUACCUGCGUGGUGAUGAGUUCAGUUUUCCACCCGGGUUUGAGCCUUCGAGAGCACCAAUGGGAGCAAAUGCGGCUGCUAAUAAUAAUGCUACUGCCGGUGGCGGGGAAUUCAACGACCCUAGAAAGAAGAAUAUGAUUUGCGCUGAGAACCUCCUUGACAAAUUCCAUGUAGACCCCAACGAAGACAUGAGUCACCUAAACUUCAAAGGCCUGGAUAUUGAAGAGAGAAAGAAAUUGUUGGUGUGGCAAGCCAGAAAGAACUUAGAAACGAAAUUGCAAGAUGAUAAAGAUUUGCAAAGUUUGUUGACUUGA